AUGUCUGGUGUGAAGCAUGGUUUAGAGGCUCACGGCGAGCCUGAUUUGAAGAGACAAGCAAAUGACACCAGGGAGAAAGGUGUGGCAUACUUGAAGAAGGAGUACAUACUUGUGGACAGUGGAAGUAGUAGGUCCAUUGCAGAGUACAAUGAUGAGGAAGAGGCAGGUGCGGAAGACCGUCCUGGUCUUGAAGCUCAAGGUGAUGGUAGAAGAAAGGGUAAAGGAAAGGGAAGAAACAAGAAAGAUCGUGGUCAGAAUAAGAACAGAGAUCUAAGGCAAGUGAAAGAGGCCAAGCAGCUGUGUCCUAAGUACAUCCAAGGUGAUCCAACUGCGGAGGGUGCGGCAGGUCCGGUAUGUGCUUUCGGCGACAACUGUAGAUUUGUGCAUAAUAUCCAAGAAUAUUUGGACAGUAAGAAGCCUGAAAUCGUGUCAGAGGCAUUUCCUACUUGCCCUGUUUUUGAGACGUUGGGAUACUGUCCAAUGGGUUUCAAAUGUAAAUUUUUAUCCUCUCAUUACGAUAAGGAUCAUAUGGAAUUGUUCAAGAGAGGAACUGAGGAUGAACGUAAGAAGCUAUGGGAUGCCAAUCACGAAGUCAACAUUAUCUCCGGCGACCAGAAGUUUGACCUGAUCAAGAGAAAAUUCCCAUUCACAAAAACAGCACAUAUCUUAGAUAUCAUCGAUUCUAUACAACAAGAAGCUAGAGAUAGAAUAAAUCAACCUUCUGCCAACAAAGAAGGCGAUAAGAAAGAUGAAGAGAGCAAACCUGCAACUGAUGCUCCACAAAUCGUGGAAAGGGAAAAGGAGUUGAACGAGAGGAGGGAAAAGCAACGUGAACUCUACUUACAAUACAAAGAUACAAGAUACUUUGCCCAAGAAAAGAAGACGUUAGACUUCCGUGGUAAAAAGAUUGUUUCUCCACUAACAACUGUCGGAAAUCUUCCAUACCGUCGUUUGAUGAAAAAACUUGGUGCUGAUAUCACUUACUCUGAGAUGGCUUUGGCUACUCCAUUGAUCCAAGGUACCAACUCAGAAUGGGCCUUACCAAAGGCUCAUGUCUCUGAGUACCCAGGGUUUGGUGUCCAGAUUGCCUGUUCCAAGGCUUGGCAAGCUGCUAAGGCUGCUGAAGCAUUAUCUACCAACUGUUCUAACAUCAGUGAAAUAAAUCUAAAUUCUGGUUGUCCAAUCGACUUGCUGUAUAAGCAAGGUUCUGGUAGUGCACUAUUAGACAAUGCUGCUCGUAUGAUAAGAUGUUUAAAUGCUAUGAACUAUGUUUCCAAUGAUGUUCCAAUUUCUGUGAAAAUCCGUACGGGCACAAAGGAUUCCCAUCCAAUUGCUGAUACUUUGGUUAAGAGAUUAGUAUUUGAAACCGAUGUAGCUGCUAUUACUUUACAUGGUAGAUCUAGACAACAAAGAUAUACAAGAUCGGCAGACUGGGACUAUAUCUCUAAAGUUGCUAAAUCACUUAGAGAGGCUGAAUCCGAGUUCGCAGAGAGCCCACAAGGUAAAGAAUCCCGUGACGGUAAGACCAGAAUACAAUUUGUCGGUAACGGUGAUAUCUACAACUUUGAAGAUUGGACAAACAUUUUACAAAACGAUCAUAAUAUAGAUUCUAUCAUGGUUGCGCGUGGUGCAUUAAUCAAACCAUGGAUCUUUGAAGAAAUCGAUUCUCAACAGUACAUAGACAAGUCAAGCACUGAAAGACUUGAAAUUCUAAAAGACUAUGCUAAAUUUGCCAUGGAUCAUUGGGGUACCGAUGAGUACGGUAUUUCACAAUCUCGUAGAUUCUUCUGUGAAUUCAUGUCUUUCUUCCAUCGUUACAUCCCGAUGGGUAUCUGUGAGAGAUUUCCGGUUAAGUUGAACGAAAGACCACCAUCUUGGAAAGGUAGAGACGAUUUAGAGACUCUAUUAGGAGGAACUAACGUCCAAGACUGGAUCAAAGUCAGUGAGCUCUUCUUCGGAAAAGUUGAUGAUUCAUUUGUCUUCUUGCCAAAGCACAAGAGCAGCUCCUUCCCAGCCGCAUAA